AUGCAUUACUUACAACCAAUUUCUUUAAUACGUGAUAAUACCUUAAUUUGCAUUGAGGAAAAUUCCUUGUUUUCAGAUCCAAACGCGGAAAAUUUUUCUCUAUUUCAACUUUUCAACUUAAAAGCACCAAUUGACGAAACUUCUUUAUCUCGCUCGAUAAUACCAGUUGGACUUCGUCAUUUAUAUUCUUUUGAAGUUAAUGAAUAUAAUGUUCACACAGACUUUCAUAACUUACUUCGACUUGCUGGCACAAAUCUUUUUUACUUAACUGAAAACGGUCUAAAUGAUUGGGUACCUAUUGAUAAUAUAACUUUUCAAUUAUUUCACCCAAAUACAAUCAAUCCGUCAUUCUGUGAAGCUGGUGGUAGCAAUAAUGAUAUUGACGACGACGAUAAUAUUGAUGAUUAUAACUCAACUUUAUUGGAAGCAUCAAAUUUACCAGAAGAUACUGAUAGUGACUGGCUUAAUAGGAAAUUGCAUGAACUAGCAUUAAUCUUUCAAAAAAAAAAUGACAUACCUUUAGAUGUGUUGGAAGGACUUUUCCAUGGAAUAUUUCCUAGAAAAGUUACGUCAUUAAGCAUGUUGGAAGGUGUUGGUAUUGUGAUUUCUGCUAUGGAUAAUAGAUUAAGAUGUAAAAUCUUUAGAAGAAUAAUCCAACGAAUAUCAGGAUUGGCAAGAAAUAAAAACCUAAAAACCCUGAUUAAUAAAAAUACAAUUCUUUUAGAAUGUGGUUUUAAUUUGGUUUUAAGUAUUUGGGCUUUAGUUGAAAAUUUGAAAUCAAUUAAACGAUCUUGUGAAUUACUAAAGAAUGCUCAUACAGAUUUUAAAAGCGUGCUUGCUUCUGAAAAAUCUCAUUUUGACGCUUAUCUUAAACAUUUGGAUUCAUUAAUUCAAAAUAUUUUGAAUAUUCUUGUUAACAAACAAUUUCAUCUACUUUCAACACGCUUAAUAUCAUUGGUUGCAGCUGUUGAAGAUUUUAUGAAAACGAUUGAAUUGGUUUCAGUUAAAUGUGAAAAAUAUCUCAAAACUUCAGAAGAUGAAAAAAUUAGUACAACGAAUAGAUUAUUACUUCAUGCAGGGGUUGCUGCUGUUGAUCUAGUUUUAUUUGGCGCAAGGUUUAAAUCUAGUCGAGUUAUUGAGAAAGCGGCACAAGUUGCAGUAUUUGCUUUAAAUGGUAUCGCAUUAGCUAAAGCAUGGGAAGCAAAAAACCAUUUAUCCAAUGUUAUUGAGAACCAAACAAAAACACUUAAAAGAUUAAAUGAAUUACAUGCUGUUCUUAAACAAAUCUCACUCAAAGGAAGCGUUUUGGAUUUGGAUGAAAGUGAGCUUAACGAAAAUGAUUUAUUAAUUGAAGAAUUUAUUGAAUUUAAAAAUCAAAUUAAACUUUUUAAUGAUUUAUUUGAUGAUGUUGAAUGA